AUGACGGCAAGCAUUUUGAAGGAGAUUCUCCACAAUAAAACAUGUUUAUUUGUACCUUUCACUCAAGCCAACAGAACCCAUCUCGAGACACGCACUAAAAGCACGCGUAUGUUGCAGACCUUCUGCGUGGUGUCGAAGCGGUUCCGCAAGAAUUACAUCCACCGCUUCACGGCCACCUCCUCGUUCUUCGUGUUCUCGCCGUGGAACCCCUUCCGCCGCGCCUGCAUUUUCAUCUCCACCAACCAGUUCUUCGACUACGUCGUGAUGGCCACCAUCCUGCUCAACUGCGUCUUCCUGGCCAUGAGCGACGCUGUCGAGGAAGCGGAGUACAUCUUCCUGGCCAUCUACACCGCCGAGAUGAUCAUCAAGAGUGUGUCGAAGGGCUUCAUUCUCAACAAGUACACGUACCUGCGAAACCCGUGGAACUGGCUCGACUUCGUCGUCAUCACGUCGGGCUACGCCACCAUCGGCAUGGAGGUUGGCAACCUCGCAGGGUUGCGGACAUUCCGCGUGCUGCGAGCCCUCAAGACCGUGUCCAUCAUGCCA